AUGCAAGCAGCAGUUGGAGACAUGAGAGCACAAUCUUUCUAUGGAUUUGCAGUUAUUCUCCAAAUGUACUUGAACAGCAAUAGCAGUACCCAACACCAAAUAUUCAAUGAGGAGGAAUCCUUGACCUUUUUCAUGCCUGUAGACAGAGAGCUGUCCAAAUUCACACUUUCACCAGAACACCUUGAAGACUUCUUGCUCAGUCAUUCCAUGACAAUGACUCUUCAGUUCAGUGACUUGAUUCAUUUUCCAACAGGAACCAUAGUCCCAUCUGGGUUACAUGACAGGUUGAUCAAGAUACAAAAUCAUGGCAAGUCAAAUUUCUAUGUUAAUGAUGCUCAAGUGAUUACACCAAAUGUCUGCAUCAACUCUAUGAUGAUCAAGUGCCAUGGUAUUGAUUCAGUGAUUAAGUAUGAGAAUGAUGACUACCCAAACAAUAGAAGAAUAGAUAGAGCUCCUGCUGCAGCUGGGAAAAAGACAUCAUCAUCGUAA